AUGUUCGGUCUAGGCGUGCAAGAACUGGUUAUCAUCCUCGCCAUUGCCAUGUUGUUUUUCGGUGGCAAGAAGAUCCCGGAGAUCGCCAAGGGCUUGGGCAAAGGCAUUCGGGAAUUCAAGACGGCCAGCGAAAAAGCGACGGACGAUGUGACGGACGCAAUCGAAGGCGACGGGGACGAGGAGUCCAAGAAGGUCGAAAGCAAGACGUCGUAA